AUGGAAUUGGUUAGCAAGUUAGUCGGGUGCUGCGGAUGUGGCCGUAGCGGAGAAAACAGUAGUAGUAAGGGACAGUAUCAGAGUCGCACUGAUGCUGUCAUUAAUACACAACCGGGCCUGGUGGAGCCACCCAUGGUUGUGAGGGUCGCAAAGACCGUCCGGCAAUUAACAACCCGUCGUCGGUAUCCGAAACCCACCUGGGAAGAAAUCGAGGCCUUCUAUCAAGAAGGGAAAGAGCUUGCUCGCCUUCAGGAGGAAGCUGAAGCAGCCGAUAAGCUCGAACUAGAGCAGAAGUCCGGGGAACAACUGCAGCAAUCCCAAAAAGACCAUGGCGGAGAUCUCAUGGGCAAAGAUCUAAACCAAGUUCUUAUCAAGGAUCCUCUGGCUGUACCACCAAACCCACAUUUGACAUUUGACGGACCUUCUGACACCCCAUUCCUCGAUGAUGACGACGAAAAUGAGCCCCGCCUCCCUCAGAUCGCUCAUAUUUCACCACGCCAUCUUUCCAAUCCCGGUCACAGUUGGACUCUUGACCUGGAUUUACGUCGGGUUUCUAACCACAACGACUGGCCUCUGCCGGCUCUUCGACAGACUGGAGAAAAUACAGCGAUUUCUGAAGCAGAUACCGACGAGAUCGUUGCAGCUCUGGCGGCUCCAGAUAUUGCCUGCACAACGCCACCGCUAGGCGGCACUCAAAAGUCCAAGAAAAUGAGAUUAUUUUUCCAAGAUGACCGAUCACGAUCUUCUGUUUAUCCGUCGGAUGAAGAGUCUAUGGUCUACGGCCAAGGUACCUGGUCGCCUAGAUCGCCUCGGAUUCCAUCUCCUGCACAAAGCAGGCUCGCGGUAAACAAGACCCGCCAGAAUCGACAUGUCUCACCGGGGAAUCUAAGAAUUCCCUCGAUUAUGCAAGUCCUUAACGAUGUUCUCAGUCCGUCUUUUGCUGAGCCCCCGAGGCUCCCGUCGCCCCGGAAGCCAGCUGAACCCUCUGAGCUUCUAGACCCCGACGAAUUUGAACUUGCAGCGGACGAUGCAUCGGUUUCUGGCCCUGAUGGAGAGAAUGAUAUUCAACCACCUUCACAGCCGGACGAAUUUGGAUUUGUCGAUAUUUUAAUCUCACCACCUGCGUCACCUUUGCUGAACCCGCAACCGGAUCGUUCAAUCUCCCCGAUUUUUUCUGGUGUACCGUUCUUGAAGCUUGAAAUGGAACGCAUUCGAAGACGUCUCGAAUCUGAGACCCUCUACAAGUCUCCAUGGGAUAAGUCAUCUCCCGACGUCUCUGACAUUGAAUCGACUGAGAACAAUCCUAUUACGGUUAAGAAUGGAAAGCCAAAGUCAUCUCAUGUCAGAAAUGGCGCACGGCAGAAGGAACCAGCGUCUACAUUUGGUUUCCUCACUGUCGGUUCCCUCUCUUCUUUGGGCGCCUUGAGUUCACUCAGUUCACUGAGUUUAGCCAGCAACAUCUCUAUGCAGGCAUUUAAAUCCACCAACUCGUUAUUCUUCUCGCCGAGUUUUGGUGCAAGUUCCGUUUUCUACUCCGACCAAGUUCCUGCAGGUCUUCCCCCUUGUGCAGAAACUGAGGCGCCAAUUCAUGAUACGGUGGCUGAUGUGACUGUCACGACCUUCGCUGGGAGUCUUCGGAAAGGAGGAGAAGCAAUCGCGAAGAACAUCUCCACUGGUUUCACCACCCUCUUCAGACGAUUCGGAACUAGGGCUGUCGAACUCCAGUCCGCUGAGCCGCAACCAACGGCCACCAGUGUUCCUUGUGAACCGGCCAGGUCGGCUCUCAGCUACACGGAGGGCACGCCAGUCCUCUCCCCCACCCCCUCUAAUCUAACGCUAAUGCGAAGGAUCGUGGGUUUAAAGGUGUCGGGAACCCUCCGUGGGGCUGCAGUUGCAAGCGAGGCGAUGUCGAAUGGACUCUUCACCUCGGACUACACCGAUUGCGGACUGGACGACAAGCCUGAGAAUCCGUUCGAAGGCUUCGUCUGGGAUGCUCCCGAUGGUAAAAUUCCAUGGUACUAUGACGAAGAUGGGGUUCACUUUGACGACAAAGUACCGGUCAACCGAGAUAUCCCGGCCGAGUAUCUUUGCGACCCCGUCAUGGUGCCGUGGGAGGAGUUGUCCAAGGAGACUGAGCUGCCUGUGUCUCCUACUUCGACCGCCGCUGGUCCAAAGGGCGCCCGCGUCCGACAAUUGACACCACCAGCCGCCGCUCCCUCGACUGUUGCCAUCGAGGUCUCGAGCGAAGUCGCCUCGCUUGCAACGACUCCAACUCAGGGGAGCCUCGUCUGCUCCGCAGGUCCUGAGACUGGGAUGCCGGAGGAACUUGAUGUUCCGUCCGCUAUGUCCUCGGUGGAUUCGUUCCCGAGGUACAUCCCAAUCUCCCACAGGGAUGCUCGACAUAGCACCUGUGGCCUGGACCUCGGCAAGGAGCGUGCGUUUUAUCAACGCUACGAGGACCGCAUGAAAUCUGCGGUGAAGCCCUACAUGAGGGGCAGACGUUCCUUCCAGCGUUACUAA